AUGGCUGCCAGGUCCUCAUCAAUCAUUCGGCGGGCGCUUCUCUACGUGCCUUCCUCAUCGGAAAAGAUGCUUACCAAGUCGUUGAGUCUCAAAUCAGACAACGUAACAUAUGACCUGGAGGACUCCGUGACUCCCUCAUUGAAAGCUCAGGCCAGGGGCCAACUCCGCUCGUUUCUCUCCAACCAGACAAGUCGACCGCCCUCCAUAUCCGAAUUGGCCGUUCGAAUCAAUGCUGUGGAGACCAAGUUUGCGCUGGACGACCUUACUACUCUCGGAUCUCUCCCCAAUGUCGAUGCCAUCGUCGUCCCCAAGGUCAACUCCGCCGCCGACCUAACGUAUGUAACCGAUGUGCUGCGUCAUGUCGCUCCCGAGAGACACACUGCCAGCUCGGAAAACCCUGUCAAAAUUAUCGCAUUGAUCGAAUCUGCGCGCUCUGUCAUGAACCUCGCCGAAAUCUGCAAGGCAUCUCCGUACCUCAGCGGAUUGGUAUUUGCCGCCGAAGACUUUGCUCUGGACCUUUCGCUUACCAGAACACCAUCGCUUACCGAGUUUCUUUACGCAAGAUCUGCUAUCGUAACUGCUGCCAAGGCCGCUGAUCUACCCAGUGCCAUUGAUCUUGUCUGUACUUCGUACAAGGGAGACGAAGGUUUGAAGAGGCUAGAAGAAGAGUCUCUGGGUGGAAAGUCAAUGGGAUUCAACGGAAAGCAAUGUAUACACCCUAACCAGGUCGAGCUGGUGCAAAAGAUGUUUGCUCCCGGCGAAAAGGAGGUAGAAUGGGCAGUUCGUAUUGCCAUCGCCGACGAGAAAGCCAAUGCCGCAGGUCGCGGGGCUUGGACUCUAGACGGUAUGAUGAUCGAUGCGCCGGUGACGGGGAAGGCAAAGGCUAUCAUUGCAAAAGCAGAAAAGUGCGACCUUGAUGUGGCUCGUCUGCGAUCCAAAUGGAAGGAUCAACAGCCUGAGUAG